UUCAAACUUCUCAGGCUAGCUUUAACCAUUAGUGAAUAUUUACUACUCUAGAAUGAUGGAUGUUUCUGUGGGGUAUUUCACCCUGCUUAUGCUCGUUGUGUUGACUGGAUGUACCGGUACAGUAACAAUUACAUCAGGUGGAUCCACGGCUGUUUUAAAUAAAGACUUUACCUUCCGAUGCAGUCUGCCAGAUCCGAAAGUGAAACAAGUUACUUGGCAGAAGCAGAAGGACAAAGCUUUGGAAAACGUGGCUACCUACAGCGUUACAUUUGGAGCCAAAGUCGUGGAACCGUACGACCAGCGAGUGAAUUUCUCGUUGCUGGGAUUAAAUGAAUCAUCGAUAACUAUUCAUAACGUUCAACCGGAGGACGAAGGGUGUUAUUUGUGUUUGUUCAACACCUACCCACAAGGACCAGUUGCUGGAAUGUCCUGCUUUAUCGUUCUUGGUAUUACUGAGAUAAAUACUGAAACAAUCUUUAGAGAGAAUGAAAAUAUAGUAGCGGUGAGCUGCUCGGCCACUGGGAAACCAGCCCCUAAGAUCAGAUGGAACGCAUCAGAAAGCGUCACUUCGAAUGCCGUGGAAAGCAGCGUAGAUCAUAAUGGCAAUGGAAUCGUGACAGUCACCAGCAACCUUACGCUGCAUCUGUCAAGCUUCCCUGCUGAAGAAAUCAGCUGCUUUGUAAGCCACACAACACUGGAACAGGACAUUGAGAAAAACAUCACUAUUAGAGAAGUAACAAAAGUUCAUAAUCAUGGUGUGGUCAUCUUGGUGAUCCUCUGUAUCACCACUCUGAUUAUCGGAACAGUUGCUUGUUUUGUAAACAUAAAAAAAAAGAAAACUAAAGCAGGCUCUUUGGAAGAAAAGCUGAAUGCAGGAGAGAUGUUUUAUGCUUAAGCCUGUAUUUGACUUGUUCUUAUGGAAGGUGUCAUAUGGUCCACUGGUUAAAGAAAUAGGCUUGUAACCAGCAGGUCCCUGGUUCAAAUCCCAGCUCAGCCACUUACCAUCCUUGUGCUCUGUCUUUCGGGUGAGAUGUUGUAAGUGACACUGCAGCUGAUCUAUAGUUCACACUCCCUAGUGUGGUAUCUUCUAAAGUGCUUUGUGAUUGUGGUCCUGUAUAAAAGGCACUAUGUAAAAAUACAGAUUAUUAUUCUUUAACACCUGCUGCUUACACCCAGUUCAAGGACCGUGAAGAAAUCAAUUUAAAAUUAUAUUUUUCAAAACUAUACAAAUGAUCUACCUCUUCAUCUACCAAACAGCAUUUUUUUCAACUAUAUACAUAUUUUAUUGUGUAUGUGUUCAUUCUGCAAAUACUGUAAUUAUGUUUUGUACUGUGCUGUAAAACAUAUCAAUAAUACAUUGUUCUGUGAUAAUGCUUGCACUUUACACCCUAUUAAGCUAGCUACUCUUUUAAAGAAGGCAAAAAUUCAAUCAGGAUUUUAAGCACCGUCAUUCUAAAAUCUGUGUAAAUAUAAUUGUCACACACAUACACACAUAUAUAUAUAUAUAUAAGAACAUUUAUCCCACCCAGUUAUUCAGAAUUCUUAGUAAUUGGAUCUGGGGUACAACUGCAUUUGCAGAAUGCCUUGAUUAAUAAAAUGUUUUCCAUAAAUCUGAAGUGUGGAAAAUUCUGUUCAAGGAUACCAAGCAGAGUUUAAAAGUAUACAAAUGUCAAGGAAAUUCAUGGUUAAAUUAAUUUUAAUAAAAGCAUUUCUCAGAUAUUUAAUUCUAUUGUCUGUAUUGACAUGUUGUGAGGAAUGGGUUGUUAACACCAAUUCCAGAACACUCUUAAGCAGAUCUACUUCAAAGCUGAUUAGAUAAGGCACAGGCUACAAACUGUGUUAACUCUUUGAAGCUCGCCAGCCAAAAUGCUAUCCGAUUGUCUUGGCUCCUAAGGUGUCAUAAAACUUACCAAAGCAAGCUAUAGUGACG